AUCUUUUUUAUUAUUAUUAUUAUUCUAGUUAUUUGUUUUUGAUGAUACUUUUUACAGAAUAUAUAACAUGUUGUUGAUGAUGAACCUCCGAUCAUCGCAUGUAUAUCUAAAGCAUGUUUGAACAAUUCUUAGUGAAACAUGAUGUGCAUAAAAGGGAAAUCCCACUUUUUGGAUAAUCAUUUAUACUUUCUCUAUCCUUUUUUUUCUUUUUCUUUCUUUUUUCUAAAAAAAUCUUCUUUUCCAAAUAUGAAUUUAUCACCAAAUGAUGACUUUGUAACAAUAUCAGAACAUCGUGAUGAUCAAGUUUUGUCCCAUCAACCCACCAUCAUCACAUCUUCUUCUUCUUCUUCUACCACAACCAAGUCUAUUCCAUCUAUUCAUUUGGAGACUCCUGAUUCAAUGCAAUCAACCAGCAAGAACAUUAGAACAUCAUCAUCAUCGUCAUCAAUAAUACAAGAAAAUAAAAAUGAAUGUGUUCUCACAGAAGAAGAAAAACGACAAAAAACAUUAGAGAGAAAUCGUUUAGCAGCCUCCAGAUGUCGACAAAGAAAAAAGAUAUGGAUGGAUGAACUUUCAAAAAAAUCUGAACGUAUUGUCCGUAGAAAUGCUACUUUGAAAUGGAUGAUCACACAGCUCAAGGAAGAAAUACUUGUACUAAAAAGUCAAUUGUUAGCUCAUAGAGGAUGUCAGUGUCAAGUGAUUAAAAAUUACAUCAAUUUACAUAUGAUCGAGACACUUCAGCCUUUUGAAUCAUUACCUAUUCGCCCACAGCCUCUCUUUCCUCCUCGUUCAACAAAUUCCUCAUAGUCAUUUAUUUUAAAAGACAAUGAUUGUACAGAUAGAAUCAAAAAAAAAAGGAACAUCAUCAUCUUUCUAUUUUAUACAAAUAAAACAGAUGAUAUAUAGUUUGAAUGAAUA